UCUGAUUUACACUCCAAUUUCGGCUUAGGAGGAACCACACGCCUUGGUCACGAUAAUGGCGGGCUUACUGUCGCGUCGCGGCCUCUUUGCCAGAUCCCUCUGAACGCACAGCCGGUUGAGGCAAGGCAUAGGCUACUCUGAGAGAUGGCAAUGGAAAUAGUUUCCGUUCAAACAACCUGUCUCUCAGUUCUUGUGAGAUGUGUAUAAAUCCAACUUGGUUCCUCCCCCGAUAUGGCGUCUCUUUCUCAUCAACAAUCACUUCAAACAGCUCGUUUACAACUUAACAUUUUCUUUUCCUCUUUUUUCUUUCCUAUUUCCUUAUUUCCUUUGUCGGUUUCUCUUUCCUUGGGACAAUCGUUCAAUCUGCAAACCUCGACUCCAUCACUCUCACAAUCGUCAACUUCUGCUUAAUCUAAACUCGAAUCCGCCACAUCUUUUAAUCAACAAUGCAUUCUUCCAUUGUCCUCACUUUCCUCGCUGCCGUCGCAACUCUUGCCUCGGCGAGCCCUUCCCUCGACACCAAGCGCGAUGACACUGUCUGCGCUCCGGGUACUGGCUUCUUCCAGUCCUGUGCCAAUGGCUUCCGCGGCUGCUGCAAGGCCGACGCCUGCACCAUCGGCUACUGCCCCGGCGUGACCGGAACCUCCGCCAACGCUCCGGCCGAGACCACCCCCGUCAACCCCGGUCACUCGACCAGCCAGCAAUCCACCGACCCCACCGUCUGCCCUACCGGCACCGGCUUCUUCCAGUCCUGCUCCAACGGCUUCCGUGGAUGUUGCAAGGAGGAUGCCUGCACCAUUGGCUACUGCCCCUCGGCCUCUGUGAAGCGUCAGGACCCGACAGUGUGCGCUCCCGGCACCGGAUUCUUCCAGUCUUGCUCCAACGGCUUCCGUGGAUGCUGCAAGUCUGACGCCUGCACUCUCGGCUACUGCCCUACUACCUCUGCCUCGGAGAAGCGUCAGGAUCCCACCGUCUGUGCCCCUGGCACCGGCUUCUUCCAGUCCUGCUCAAACGGUUUCCACGGCUGCUGCAAAUCCGACGCCUGCACCUUGGGAUACUGCCCCGACCUGGCCAUCGCCUCCUCCUCCUCAAAGCGCGCCGCCGACCCUACAGUCUGCGCCCCCGGCACCGGCUUCUUCCAGUCGUGCUCCAACGGCUUCCGCGGGUGCUGCAAGCAGGACGCCUGCACCAUUGGCUACUGCCCGGACAUCAAGACCUUUGAGACGGUGACCAAGACGGCCCCUCAGACGACCGCCACCCCGACCCCCGAGAGCAAGUCCAACGCCAACGCUGAUCCCACUGUCUGCGCCCCCGGCACCGGCUUCUUCCAGUCCUGCGCCAACGGCUUCCGCGGCUGCUGCAAGUCUGACGCUUGCACUAUCGGCUACUGCCCCUCCAACUAA